AUGGAAGACAACUCAAAUUCCAGCAGGAACAGAACCAACACUCCACCUCUUCCACAGAUCCGAACCGACAUAGGUUCCUUAUACUCAGCCGAUCUCACUUCCUACAACACAGCCUGCAGAGAAGAUCCAGACUUACAAUCCUUCGAUUCCUCUCUUCACCAACGCACCAACCGAGUCAUCAACUCGCUCGCCUCGGGUGCCGAAACUCGCUCCUUAUCCUUUGACGCCCUCAUCGAAGUCUCGGGCUGUCUCCUCGAGAUGAACCACGAGGUGGUCCGGUUUAUCAUCGAAAGCAAAGAAGACGUUUGGGACAACAAAGACUUGACUUGCUUGGUCAAUGCUUACUUCGACAGUAGCAUCAAGACCUUAGAUUUCUGCAAUGCCGUUGAUCAUUGUGUGAAACGAGCGAGGAUUGGUCAAAUGAUCAUUCAGUUCGCGGUUAAGCAAUUUGAGAUCGAACCAUCAUCAUCAUCACAAGGGAAUAAACCGGGUGAGAAUAAGUACGCGAAAACUCUGGAAGAGCUUAACAAGUUUAAAGCUUCUGGUAACCCGUUUGAUGGAGAUUUCUUCAUGCUGUUCGAGUCUGUUUACGAGCAGCAGGUUCUGCUUUUGGAGAUACUUCAUAAGCAGAAGAGGAAGCUUGAUAAGAAGCUCAAGAACAUCAAGCAUUGGAAGAAGAUUUCGAAUGUGGUUUUCGUGACUGCCUUCGUCUCUGUUUUGAUCUUCUCUGUGGUUGCAGCUGCUAUAGCUGCACCGCCCGUUGUGACCGCGGUUGCAGCUGCGUUGGCGGUUCCGAUCGGCUCUGUAGGGAAAUGGUGUAAUCAUCUUUGGAAGAAGUAUGAGACCGCUGUGAAAGGACAGAAAGAUAUUGUCUUGUCGAUGAGGAUUGGUGCUUACGUGACUAUGAAGGAUAUGGACAACAUUAGAGUCCAUGUGGAGAAGCUGAAGAUUGAGAUGGAAGCAAUGAUGCAGAGAGUUGAUUUUGCGAUCAAGGAGGGAGAUGAAGAGGUGGCUGUGAGGCUUUCGAUUCAAGAGAUGAGCAAGAAGUUUGAUGUUUUCACAGAGAGAAUCGAGGAAGUUGGUGAGAACGCAACCAAGUGUAGCAAAAACAUCACAUUGGCGAGAACUAUUGUUUUGAGGCACAUUCUUAGCUUUCCCUCAAGUUCAGAUUCAGGGCAAGGAAACUUGAUUGAGGCAAUCACAUUGUGA